CGUCCUUUUUUGACGUCAUGGAACAUCUGGUUAUCCACCUUCCGUAUGAGGCAAUGCUACGUGGACCUGUUCAUAAUGGAUGGAUGUAUCCUUACGAACGAGCUAUGAAAUAUUUGAAAGGCAAAGCAAAAAAUCUGGCAAGGGUGGAAGGUUCAAUAGUUGCUGGGAGUUUGAAUGAGGAAACAUCUCACUUUACGUCCUACUACUUUGCGUCACAAGUCCGGACCAAAAAAAAGAAUACGAGCAGAUAUGAUGAUGGUGGUGUUAUGCCGACAUAUAUUGUUGAAGAUGUUCCAGACAUAUUUACUCAGAUUGGACGGCUUGGUGGAAAACUAAAAGAAGUUUGGUGGUCAAGUUCUGAAGACGCACAUAGUGCCCACACAUAUAUACUUCUUAACUGCGAGGAGAUUGAAUCAUUUGAAAGCGAUUUUGUUGCCCAAGUCGAAGAAGCUAUACCAGGAAUAUCAACUGCUGAUCUCAACAAAAGGAAAGACCAACACUUUGUGAAAUGGUUAAAAACGCAGGUACGUCGUGUAUCUAAUUAAUUAACAUGAAAAUUAAUUAUAUGAUUGGUUAAG